GCUGUCCUCUAUCUGCCGCAGUGCCCUGCAUCUCCUUGACUGUGUUUGCAUCACACUUACAGACCCUGGACAGCUCCUUACAUCUGUGUAGCAUUCUCCUUCUGUGCAUGACCAAGUGCUGUCAUCUCUGAAUUUCCUUCUGCCUGUUUACCUCUACCCAUUUCAUUGUAUUUUUCUUUUCUCUGACUUGAUCCACCUAUUCUCUCUCUGACCUCCACCUAUCUGUUCCUAUUACUUUACCAUGCUCAGCUUUAACUUGGAACGCUCCAUGGGUCCUGUUACUUAUCGUAGAUCCACAGGAGAUGCCUACCUUCGGUCUAGCUCUGUCUCCCUCACCCACAGUGGCAGUAGCAGUUUACAAACACAAACUCGGAGUCGUCGGAGUGCCCCAUCUUACAGUGAAAGUCCUGAACCUACAAAUGGGCCACGGGAUGAAAAAGAGGCCUUACAAGGGUUGAAUGAAAGGUUUGCUGGCUACAUAGAUAAGGUGCGGAGGCUAGAAGAACAGAACCACAAUUUACAACAAGAGGCAACAGCCCUUAGGAAACAGCAAACUGGUAUCUCUGCUAUUGGGCAGUUAUAUGGAAGGGAGAUCAGGGACAUGCGACACCAGAUCCUGAAAAUCAAUUCUGAUAACAGUUUGGAGGAGCUGGAAAGGGAUCGACUAAAUGAAGAUAUUGAGUUAUUGAGGAUGAAGGCCCAAGAAGAAGAAAGAUUAAAAGGAGAGGCUCUGGCUGCUGAGAGGGCACUGAGGCAGUAUAUGCAGGAGUGCAGCCUAGAGAGUGAUCAGAUCGGAAGGAAGGUUCAAGCUCUACAGGAUGAAGUAACUCACCUUUGCAAUGGUCACCAAGAGGAUGUGGAGGAGAUGCUCAGGCAGAUACAAGGGAGCCAAGUGACAACCCAGCAGUUGGAAGAGGUAUCUGGGUUGGAGUUGGCAUCAGCCUUGAAGGAGAUUAGAGCUCAGUUGGAAGGCCACAUAGGCAGAAAUAACCUACAGACCCAAGAGUGGUUUCAAGUGCAGCUGGAGAAACUGAAUGAGGCCUCCCAAGUGAAUACCCAAGCCAUACGCUCUGCCGGAGAAGAAAUCACCAGUCACCGGCAUCAGCUGCAGAGUCAAAUCACUCAGUUAGAGGUUUUAAAAGGAUCCCAGCAAUCCCUGGAAAGACAAUGCAUGGAUCUGGAGGAUCGCCACCAGGCAGAAAUGGCAUCGUAUCAGGAAACCCUGCAGCAGCUGGACAGUGAGCUAAGGAAUACCAAGUGGGAAAUGGCUUCUCAGAUCCGAGAGUAUCAAGAUUUGUUGAAUGUCAAGAUGGCCUUGGACAUUGAGAUUGCUGCCUACAGAAAGCUACUGGAGGGAGAGGAAUGUCGAAUUGGAACCAGUUUUGAUCAAUUUCCAUUUGAUGAAAGAACCCCAAGGAUCCCAACAGCACCAAGACACAUUAAGGUGAAAAAGGAAGAAAAAAUCAAAAUUGUUGAGAAGGCAGACAAAGAAACUGUAAUUGUGGAGAAACAAACAGAGGAGGUGACAGAGGAAGAGGAAAUGAUCACAUCUCCUGAAAAGGGACCUGAAUCAGAAGGAGAGCAGACACCUGGAGAACCCUCCAAGGAAACAAUGGAGAAUGAUAUUACAAAAAUAGCGGAAGUUGAAAAUGAGGAAGCAAACGAAAAAGAGGCAGGUAAAAAUGAGGAAGAAGAAGAAAAAGAGGGAGGUGAAAAUGAAGAAAGUAAAUUUAAAAAGGAGACAGAAUAUGAAGAGAACAGUGGAGCAGAAAAAGAACAAAUAAAGAUAGGAAAUGAGGAUAAAAUUAAGAUCACAGACAAAGGGCAUGGAAUUAAAGAAAAAGAUAAGGAAAUAAAUGAUAAAAAAGAGAAAGAAUCAGCCAACAAAGAGAAAGCAAAAUCAGGAAAGACUGAGAAUGGAGCAUUACUAAAGAAAUCAGAGAAAGAUAAAGUAGUUGACAAACACGAAGAGCAUGACACAAAUAAGGAGGAAAGUUAUCCAGUUAAAAUACAAGAAAAGGCAGAGGUAGUAGAAGAAAAAGAAAAUGAUGAGCCAACUGAAAAAGUUGAAAAGCCUUUCAAGAAAGAGGUGAAAGUAGGACCAGUAAAAGAAGAAGAAACUUCUAAAAAUGAAAAAAUAGCAGCAGAGAAGACAGAGGUAAAGGAACCAGUCAGCAAAGAAGGUAAGAAUGAACCUUCUAAAAAAGAAGAUAAAAUAAAGCCAGAGGAGGAAUACAAAAAAGAAGAGGAUACGCAAGAUAAAUCUAAAAAGCAAGAGAAGGGGAAAAAUAAGGAAGAAAAAACAACCACCACAGAAAAAGAAACCGAGACAUCAAAGGAAAAAAAUAAUGAGCCAGUAAAGAAGCCAGAUGUAAAAACAUCAAUCAAAGCAGAGGAGAAGCCAGUGAAAGAGGAGGAAAAGAAGCCAGCUAAAGAUAAGCAGCCUUCUAAAGAAGAAGAAAAGAAGCCGGCUAAAGUAGAAGAGAAGAAACCAGCUAAAUCAGAGGAUAAGCAGCCUGCUACGGCAGAAGAAAAGAAGCCAGCUAAAGUUGUAGAAAUGAAACCAGCUAAAGCAGAGGAUAAGAAGCCAUCUAAAGAAGAAGAAAAGAAGCCGGCUAAAGCAGAGCCUGCUAAAGAAGAAGAAAGUAAGCCAGCUAAAGCAGAAGAUAAGCAGUCUUCUAAAGAAGAGGAAAAGAAGCCGACUAAAGAAGAGAAAAAGCUGGCUAAAGCAGAGCCUGCAAAAGAAGAAGAAAACAAACCAGCUAAAAUAGAAGAGAAGAAACCAGCUAAAGCAGAAGUUAAGCAGCCUGCCAUAGAAGUAGAAAAGAAGCCCGCUAAAGUAGAAGAGAAAAAACCAGCUAAAGAAGAGGAUAAGCAGCCUCCCAAGGAAGAAAAGAAGCCAGCUAAAGUAGAAGAGAAGAAACCAGCUAAAGCAGAGGACAAGCAACCUGCUACAGGAGACGAAAAGAAGCCGCCUAAAGUAGAAGAGAAGAAACCAGCUAAAGCUGAGGGUAAGCAGCCUACCAAGGAAGAAGAAAAGAAGCCGCCAAAAGUAGAAGAGAAGAAACCAGCUAAAGCCGAGGAUAAGCAGCCUGCCAAGGAAGAAGAAAAGAAGCCAUCUAAAGUAGAAGAGAAGAAACCAGCUAAAGCCGAGGAUAAGCAGCCUGCCAAGGAAGAAGAAAAGAAGCCGGCUACAGUAGAAGAGAAGAAACCAGCUAAAGCCGAGGAUAAGCAGCCUGCCAAGGAAGAAGAAAAGAAGCCAGCUAAAGUAGAAGAGAAGAAACCAGCUAAAGCCGAGGAUAAGCAGUCUGACAAGGAAAAAGAAAAGAAGCCGACUAAAGUAGAAGACAAGAAACCAGCUAAAUCAGAAGAUAAGCAGCCUGACAAGGAAGAAAAGAAGCCAGCUAAAGUAGAAGAAAAGAAACCAGCUAAAGCAGAGGACAAGCAACCUGCUACAGAAGAAGAAAAGAAGCCAGCUAAAGUAGAAGAGAAGAAACCAGCUAAAGCAGAGGAUAAGCAGUCUACUAAAGAAGAAAAGAAGCCAGCUAAACCAGAGCCUGCUAAAGUAGAAGAGACAAAACCAGCUAAAGCAGAAGAUAAGCAGCCUGCCAAGGAAGAAGAAAAGAAGCUGACUAAAGUAGAAGAGAAGAAACCCACUAAAGCAGAAGAUAAGCAGCCUGCUAAAGAAGAAGUAAAGAAGCCGGCUAAAGAAGAACAAAAGCUAGCUAAAGCAGAGCCUGCUAAAGGAGAAGAGAAAAAAACAGCUAAAGCAGAGGAAAAACAGGUAGUAAAGAAUGAGACAAAGGCAUCAUCCAAAAUUGAAGAAAAGAGUCCAGCAAAGGCAGAUGUGAGAUCAUCACCAAAGUUAGAGGAAAAACCGCUGAUUUCAAAUGAUUCCAUUAAGAAAUCAGAAAAAGGACCCAAAAAAGAAAAAUCUCCAGUCACAGAACACCCUCCUAAAGAAAGGAAAGAAAAAGAGGAGAGUCCAAAACUACAAAAAAAGUCUCAAGAUACACAGGGUACAAAAAGUAAGCCAGAAAAAAGUGAGAAGUCUUCUGGUACAGAUCAGGUAUUGAAUGGAUCCUCUCAGGGAGCAAAAAAAGGUGAGAAAUAAACCAGCUUAUUAAGGACAUAAGCAAACAGAUGGUAGGCGCCACCAAAGAGGGCGAUAAAGAUCCAAGAAGACCACACUGUCAAUCUCAGAUACUUUGCUUUGAUAUGGUGAACCCCACUGUACCGCUGAGCAGAAAAUGGACAAUAAGCUAGCCACUUACUAGGGUGAUCAGAGGCAACAGCUGCUCUGCAGGUUUCUCUAGUUCAGUGGUUUAAUCCCUAUUUUUUUUAAACUAACACUUACUGUAUGUACAAAUGCACACAUAGAAGACACUUAAGGGGUAUAUACCAAGGCUCACAAACAGGGUGAUGACAAUGCGACAUUUAUAUUAUGUUACACUUGUAAUGAUAAAUGUGGUUGCAGAAAAUAGGAAUACUUUUGUGACCCACUACAUAAAGAAUUUAUAGAGAGGUUUAGUGAUAAGAUGUAGCAAAAAACUCCAGAAGGGGGUUUUCAAAACCAAAAAUGGAGGGGGAUAUAUACACAUGGUGUGUUUGAACAAUACCAUUAACAGGGCCAGAUGACAUGUAUGUUUAAUUAUGGAAAACUUCAAGAAGAGCAAGUGCAGAAAACUGUAUUGAUCAUUUUACAGAGCACAUUUGUAGCCAUUCCCUGUUGUGGUCUGCAAGACAAUAGUAAUAACUUGAUGAUUAAUAUAGGCAGUUCUCAUGACCCAUUAAUAAUCAUUCACAUCAACUUAAUGAUUAACCAGUCUUUGAAGUAUGGACAGGCAAAGGCCUUGUGCACGGUAUAAGCAGUUGUCUCAAGCAUUACCUUGAGUUUUAGAAUGCCUAAAAGAAAAUUAGUAUCUUAUUUUUGACUGGAUGGAAAUACACCAUACCUGGUGCAAUUAUUCAUUUUAAUUUAAAAACACCAGGCAUAUCUGUAACAACUCAUAAAUGUAAAAACAUACAAAAUGUACUUAAUCUUUUAUGAGGAAUCACAAGCUCUCUUUACAGAGUAAAUGCAGGAUCCAUGAAUUAAAACCACAGUACAUUCUCUGCUAUUACUCUUUAAAAAACCCUAUAAUGUCCAAAAAAAAACGGAUCACUAGUAUUUUUUCAUUUUUUAUUUAUGCACGUAUUUCUGCAGUUUACAAUUUAUGGCCAGCAUUUUCAUGAUUAAAAAAAAAAUGCUUUAGUCUCCACUUUCUUUUCUGACGACCAGAAUAAUUUCCCAUUUGACUGGUCUAGACUAAAUUGCAGAGGAACCCCUGCAUCCUUUUUCUUUUUAAAGUGUUUCUAGAAUUUUAUCAGAUUAUUCAUAAAUUUACACCUGUGGAUAUCUUAAUACUAUUGUACCAGGAAAAACUACAUUUAUAUGUGGUUAUUGGACACAUGCAACAAUUGUUCUAAUAGAAUGGAUCCAGAGAGUUUGGCAUUGAAAGUAUUUUAAGCCAGAAACUAUAGAAGCCAUGUAUAAAUGGGUCGUGUACAUGGAAAACCCUUAACAGUUCACUCUGAAGAACCAAAGUAGACAUCUGACCUGGAAAACUAUAGUUGAAGAUGCCUUCUCAGCAAAAUAAUGAAUGUAACCAAAUCACGAUUCAGGGAAGUAAAAUAGGUGCAUUCAAACAGCCAUACACGUCUAAUCCUAAAACAAAGACUUUAAACACACUUGCACUUUCUGUUCCAGCUGGUUACUGUUACAGUACUACAGCAGAACUUCCAACAUGGCCCAUUUCCCUGGUACACAAUGACCAAACAGAAAUCACCAUUCAAAUAAAUGAAUUCACCACAGGAUACUGCAGCAGGAAAUGAAGCAGAAAAUGAGAAACAAAGACAUUGUAUACCAGGUGAAAUGGGUCAAGCUGUAAGGUAUGCAAUAAUCCCAUUUGAUUUAGAAGUAGAUAAAUGCACUAUUAUAGCCCUGAAAACCUUGCUUAACAAUGUGUACAAUAUAUAGUUAUAUAUUAAUAAAAUUAUUAUACAAAAACAAUGUUAUUGAUCUUUUAAAUGUGGAACCAAGAAGGAAUGUUUGAUUUGUCAGUACAAAGAGAGAAUUAGAUUUGUACUUACUAAAUAUCCAGAAUAUAUUUUUCUUUGUCCUCCUCCAUGACAGUAUCUAGCUCAGCCCAUAUAUUAGGUAGAGCCAACGAUUUAGUGGAUAAGCUUUUAACAGCACCUAUAAGAUACUCAGCUUCUCUUCUUCUACCAGUUAUGUUUACCAUAGCCACCACAUUAAAGUUGGCAUUUAGAGGUGAUGCAUUUGCACUCUGAUUAUAUAUAGAAAAAGAUGACCAGAUAGAAAGUAUAGUUAUAUAGUACAGAAGGUUUCAUCUCAAAAUGUGUUCAGCUCAAAAACAAUAGCAUUUGAUCUAUGGGUACAGUAUAUCAACUGGGUACACACUACGCAAUAUUUUAAAUGAUAGCGCUCAUUUUCACCCUUUUGAGUGAUAACAUUUGUAAUAUAGGCUGACCAUAUUAUCCCUUUAACCUGGGAAACUCAUGA